AUGGUUUUCGCUAUAGUUUUCUUCUUCAGUGCAUUGCUUGGCGGAGUAGUCGGUGGUAUCCUCACAAUACUGACUUUGAAGAGUUUAGAGGCCGGGCCGAGAGAGCAGACAAGAGUGGAAGUUAACAACGGACGACAAACAGGAGAAGGACGAAUAGGGAUUGGGAUUCAGGAAUCUACAAAACUGGAACAAGAACAUGAUGAGAGGUGUUGCUAAUAAUGGUUAGCUCUUUAUUUAUCUAUUCAUCUAUUUUUUUUUCAUUAAGUUGUGGCGAAAAUCGUACUUCAGGUAGGACGGGGUAGUGUGGGUUAGCCAAGGAAAAAGCGGGAAUUUGCUCAUUUAAUGAUAGCACCGUUGUAUAUAUUCCUUAGUGUCGAGUUACAAACGAACAUCAGGGUGAUAUCAGUUUUAUUAUGAAGGACCCUCGAGAGUUGUUUAGACUUACAAUGUUCUUAAGUUUUUAUCGCACGUAGGAGUCCUUGUUCCUUCAACUAUAAGAAGCUGAUUUAUAGUUAUAAUGCACAGUAGACCAUGCCUACCUUAUUACCACAGACGUUCUUUUUGCACAUGCCCAAACGUUAAGUUAUUUUCUUAUCUAAACCUCGUAAAAAAGACCAGCUUUUUUCUUUGGUCCUUGGCUGCCUUGCAUAAGCGGGCUUUUACUGUAUGAAAAAUUCCUUGAUACCUAGUAUAAUGCCUUAAUUUUCAAAAAGUGAUGGCGAAGGGUCGGUUACUACUAAAAUAUUUAUUGCCCCGACCGUAUCAAAUGCCACGGACUGUUAAACAUGUAAAAAGCCCAUCAGGGGAUUUCAGCAUAACACUAGUAAAUAUAAUUCGCCCACGUAAAUUGCAAUACUGUCGGCCGAUAGCAUUGCGAUUUACGUGAGCACGGGUAAUCAUUUAAGACACAAAGUGAUUUUUUUCAAUCUACUUGUGCAAACGUUGUGGAAAUUGCUCACGGGCAGGCGCUAAGAUUUAUUUAAAUUUAGAAUCAUAGAAUUGGCUGGAAAACUUGACUGUAUGGAGGCUAAUGGAUAUUUUCGUAACACUAAUUUUUCGUAUGUUUUCCGGCCUUCAUAGGGGCAAGUUGUAUAUCUGAAGUAUCAAGGGACAUCAUUUAAGAUGUACAAAAAAUGAGUAUCAGUUCUAAUACAAAUAACUUUUGUUUUUAUUUGUUUCUACAGUAGCGCCAUCAGCUCCAAGGAGGAUCCAGAAGUUUCAAUUCAUGACCUUGCCUUUCAACUGAAUCUUAGUUAG